CUGAUUUCACUGCGCACCAACAGCCAACAGAAAGACAGCCAAGCUCUCUCUCUCUCCUCUCCCUCGAUCGCAGCAGCUGGAAGACAGAAAUCGCAUCUCGGGGGAGGCGGCAGUCAGAUCUCCUCCCGAACCCUAUCUCUGUCUCCCCCGAAGACUGCUGUCCAGGAGAAGACGGGUGUUCACUCCAAUUCUCAAAAUGGAGGCUUUUCCUUGCGCGAUUUGGCGGCGGCCGAUGACCUGAUCGCUGGGUUUUCUUGGACAAGGGAACAUGAAGUCAAGCUUAAAGAAGGGGAAGAAAUCCUUCUUGCCUUUUCGACUAAGUAGAACAACCACGCAUUUUUGUUUGUUCCCACAAGUUAGAUUAGGCAGCCAAACAUCAGGAGAUGCCCCAGUUUAUCUGAAUGUUUAUGACUUGACACCGAUAAAUGGCUACAUGUACUGGGCAGGCCUUGGGAUAUUUCACACAGGUGUUGAAGUUCAUGGGGUCGAAUAUGCAUUUGGAGCACAUGAUUAUCCAACAAGUGGAGUAUUUGAGGUUGAGCCACGCCAAUGUCCAGGCUACCAAUUUAGGAAAUCAAUAUUCAUGGGGACAACAUGUUUAGACCCUUUAAACAUUAGAGAGUUUGUGGAAAUUCAGUCUGGAAGUUACAAUGGAGACACUUACCACUUGAUCACAAAGAACUGCAACCACUUCUGUCAAGAUAUCUGUUAUAAUUUGACUGGUAACUCUAUUCCUAAAUGGGUGAAUCGACUUGCUAGGAUUGGUUCCCUCUGUAACUUCAUCCUACCUGAGCCCCUUAAAAUAACUGCUGUUCAACAUGAUUCAGAUUCUCAAACAGAGGAUGGUGAGAAACAGAGAUUGACGACUGCUUUCAGCUGUUUAUCUUCAAUUUCGAUGAAUCACAGGCAGCUCUCUACAUCUUCUUUUUUCAUACCUUCUUUCAAACAAUCCCUUCCACACCCGGAGUUAAGGAGGUCCAGUUCUGUUCCUAUAAAGGAUGCAUGAACACAAUCUCUGAACGAGAGAUCUAUUUCUAUUAGGAAAACUUGUCAUGAUUGCCGAUCAUCAGACAAAAUGACAAGUGACAGCCUAUAGUCCUUUAAGAUUUAGUUUGUUGUAUAAGUUUGUAGAUUUUUGGCAAAUUUUCCUUUUUUUUUUGAGAAAUUCUAGCUUGGUACUGGAAAUUUCAAAACUCACUUUAACAUCAGAAGUUUUAAAUGUCUCAGUUGGGCCCUUGAAACUAAUAACUAUCAAAUGCGUCUUAGUUUGACCUUGAAGUUUCAAAUGUCUCAAUUUGAUCCUUGACCCUUGACCCUUGAAGUUGCCAGAAUUGUUGUAGUCGAGGAGAUGGAAACACAUGCAUGAUUUGUGCAAUGAAUUCUUGACUGUAUCCUCCAGUUCAUCAGUUGUAAAUGAUUUUAAAUAAUUGAAGUGUUCUCAGUAGAGUAA